AGAAAACAUUUAGAUUAGCCCUUUCCUUCCUGGUCAGCUGACUUUGUUGACAAAUAGAGAAAAAAACAUCAAACGUCCAUCAGCAGUUUUAAAUCAGCAUGUAUUCACAUUGAUUUAUACUACUUUUCAGUAUACUAGGAUUUAUUCACGUUUUAAGUAUGGAGCAGCAACAGAAACAACAGGUGUUAGAGUCAAUGGCAGCAAAUGAUGAAACUUUAGGUCAUGAAAAUAGCCUUCAACAUGGGUACCAAACAUUUGGUAACCAAGAGCAACCUGGCUCCAAUAAUCAGCAACAACAAGGAGAUGGUGCCCGGCAACGGACAGGAAGUCAUAACCAGCAAAGUCAUUCCAGUUCCCGACCUCAUGUAUCUGAACAGCCGGCUUCUACCAAUAGCAAUAGAAGUGGUAACGUUCCUAGGCCUGGAAUGACACGUGUUAGCUCAUUUUAUACUCCGUACAUGGAAGAUAGACUCUGCAGAAAACUGAAGUUUUUUUUCAUGGGACCACAUGAAAAAAUCAAAGCAAAACGAAAAUGCCCAUGGAAACUGCUGAUACAAAUAUUUAAAAUCCUUCUUGUCACCAUACAGUUGAUACAGUUUGGUUACAGUAGAUCUAGCCUGGUAGAAUUUGAUGAGAAGAGUACUAUAGCAAUGGAGCACAUGUACCUCAGUAAUUGGGACAGUACAUACGAGACAAUGCCGUACCCUGCUGCGAUAGGAAAAUAUGCCCUGUAUACAACACAAGAAAUCAUAGAGCAUAUCAAUUUUGCUACUUGGAAGUAUGAUUGCACGGAGACAGAUGCAAUAGGCUCAUUGAGAUUUUACCGGAAGAAAGGAAUUGUUGAUCCUAUGCAAAUGUGUCUACAUACAUACAGGUCAAGUGAAAUUAAUGACACAACCAAUUCGUAUAAGAUAAAUUCAAAAGUUGAUGAAAAUUGUUACAAAGUUGGAAGGUGGAACGAAACUGGAGACAUAACUAACAAAUCAUACGAUAUUGUGAAGUACAUGCAGAUACAUCACAACGUCACUUUAGACUACAACAUUUUUGACAGAUUAUUGUUAGCAGAGCUGAAAUUUUCUUUGAAGUCAUUCCGCCUAGAGAUGAAAGAAAGAAGUUUUCCUCCACAACUGUUUAAAGUUGAUGUCAGCAUCAAUUUUGAUGACAGAAACAAAGAUGGCCAGAUGCUGGUUACCUUAGAUACAGAUUUUGAAGAGUUAGAUCUAGACGGUACAUCCGAUAAUGAUGAUAUACAGGACCAACAGAAGGCAGGUUAUAUUGUACUAGAUUGUUUUGUGCUGGUGGUGACGAUUGUAUCUAUGAUAUUAUGUGGCAGAUCUGUCAUUAGAGCUCAGAG